ACUGAUAUCAGUAUUUUCAAACAAUUCUAAAAGGUACAUUAGUUUUAAUAAUAUAGAAUUAUUUACUAGUGGAUGUUUAUACAUCAUAGUUGACAAUUUGACAGUAAUGAAAGAUUUGCUUUCAUGGAUUUGUACCAAUUUGAGGAUAAAAGACAAAGGCAUACACUAUCUCCCUCCUCGCCUCUUCGCCAGCGAAACGCUUGUUAAGCUGACAAUAGGAACAAAGCUCUAUCUCGGAACCAUCCCUCCAAACGUCUCCCUUCCGUCUCUCAAGACUCUCUUCAUCGACACUGUUUUUUUCGAGUACGGAGAUCUUUGCUGUGUGCUUCUCGCUGGUUGCCCUGUUCUCGAGGAGUUGACAGUCCACCACCAUAACUUUACCGCUACCCCUCACACCAUAGCGAGCCGGACCGUCAAGAGACUAUCGGUUCACUACGAUUCACCCAUUGAUGUCGAUGGCUGUAGCUUUAUGUCGUUUGACAUGCCUGAGCUCGUCUAUCUCGAAUACUCCCAUUGCGCCUUGAGUGAGUAUAGACAAGUUAAUCUCGAGUCACUAGUCGAAGCUAAGCUGGAUCUUUACCCGGAAAAAAACGCCGGUGAGAGGCCUGAUGUUACGGAUCUCAUUAUGGGGAUGCGGAAUGUGCACAUCCUUCAUCUUUCUCUUGACUCUGUUGAUGUGAUUUAUCGUUACUGUUGGGAUGGGUUACCGGUGUUCGGCAAUCUUGUUAAUCUAUCUAUGGGGAUUACUAGUAAGCGAGGCUGCAAGUUGCUGGCAUGUCUACUUAAGCAGUCUCCAAAGCUCGAAACUCUAAUCAUCCAGGAUAUUUGUGGUUACACUCCUGCUGUGUCCAUGCCACUGAACAACGUGAAGGUGUUACAUAUUCUUGAUUAUCAUGGAACUGCCCUAAAGUUGAAGUCUUUUCUUCGGGAAUUCGAUUGUCUUUUAAUGGUACAAGUGGAUAUCGCUGAAGCUGUAGAAGAUAAUGUCAUUACACUGCAAACCAAAAGGAGGGAUCUAAUGAUGCUUCUUGGAGUCUCUCUUCCAUCCAAGUGCCAGUUCAAAGUCACAUAA